CGUUUUUUUCAAAAACUUUUGUCAAGUAAUGCAAAGUCUGCUCGAUUUUGGGCCAGUUUUGUUUGCGAGAUCUUCUAAAUUUUGUGUUUGGAUUAGUUCAAAGCUUUUUUCUUCUUCACAUUGUUAUUAUGGUGGCACUUCUCCCCGUCAAACUCCAAGGGAAACAGUACAAUGGAUGGCAGAACAUGCACCUGUGUUCCCGGUGAAUGGGAAAGAUAUUACAGUUUUAAACGAACCUGAGCAGUUUUUUGCAACUCUCAAGGAUAAUGUCAGCAAAGCAAAUCGCCGGAUUAUUUUGGCUUCACUUUACUUAGGGACAGGAGAAAAAGAGCAACAACUAGUUGAUUGUAUCUAUAAUGCUGUGAAGAGAUCUACCUCUUUGGAUAAGUCUCUAAACGUGGAGAUACUUUUGGAGCACACCCGAGGAUCCAGAGGAGAGCACAACUCUAGAACCAUGCUCCUACCACUGAUACAGAGCUUCAGUCCUUCCAUCAAGGUGUCCCUGUAUCAUUCACCCAGCCUCAGAGGCCUGCUAAAGCUGCUUCUUCCUGAGAGGUUUAAUGAGACAGUGGCCCUGACACAUCUUAAGGUGUAUCUUACUGAUGACACUUUGAUUAUGAGUGGAGCUAACCUGAGUGCAGACUAUUUCACCAACCGUCAGGACCGCUACAUCGUGAUCAAGAAUUGUCCUCAGUUGGCAAACUUUUUUCAUAGCCUUGUUUCAACUGUUCGAGCUUUCUCACUUCAACUUCAACCAGAUAACACAACAAAAAUGGGAGAAAACUUUCCUCUUCAUCCAACUAAAGGAUUUGAUGGUGGAAAUAAAUUCAAGGCUGAAGCAGGGAGGAGGGUGUCCAAGUUCUUGCAGAACCAAAAAGAAAAGAACAAUUGCAGUGAUUUAUUGAGGACACCAGACCAGGUUUGUGAUACCUGGGUUGUUCCUUUGGUCCAAAUGUUUCCGUUUGGCAUUCGUCAGGAUGAGGUUGUCACCAGCAAGUUACUGAGUCAUGCACCUCAAGCUGGCAAGCUAUUCUUAGCAUCAGGGUAUUUUAAUUUAACAAGAAAGUACAGGAAUAUUAUUUUAAAGUCACCUGCCAAAUGUGAAAUACUGACAGCGCACCCGACUGUGAAUGGUUUCUACCAAGCUAAAGGAGUGGCUGGUAGGUAUAAUUUUGGACAUGGUUCAGUGUAUCAAGAUUUAGAGGCUCAGGUGGCCAUAGUUACAGUUGACCAAGAACUAAGUUACGCCCUUCAUGGGGAGAAGACUCAACUCUACAACUGAGUCCAGAAGGUCACCUGUGAGACAUUUGAAUGAUGUGAACAUAAAUUACCUGUCUGGGUAUAUUUUGUGACCAGAUUAAUAAAGAAUCUUCUGUAACACUGGUCUCCUUAUUUUGGU